CUUCUGUCCGAUGGGAAAGAGAAGAGAAAAUGGGAGGGGUCCUUAAUUAUGGCAUUCCUGAGGCAGCGUUAAGUGUAGAUGGAGUCAAUGGAGGAGAGGCUGGUUUGCAUGAUGGAUUGAUCUGUGUCCACAACCCUCCGCAAUUUCUAGCGAUCUUGGGCAGUGCAUGGCAGUUAAUUACCCCAGACUUGGGUAUGCACGUAAGUGCAUUGACCCUGGAUAAAUAUUGGAGUCUGGACAACGGAAGUGGUUGCAGGGAUGGCGAGCGGCCGAUAUGAGCCCGGGUUGAUUGACAGCUGCCCCGGGCCGACUCCAGACUGGCCCCGUGCGGCGGGCGGCGGCACUGCAGGGCGGCCGUGAGGCACUGGAUGUUCCUGUUGUCAGUGACCGCGCUGACGGCCGCUUAUUUCCUAGCCCGGUGGCUAAUGUCAGGCGCUACGGACCGCCUGCCGGCCUUGGCCACGGCCUCCAUGCGCGGAAAGACGGUGAUCGUGACCGGUGCCAACAGCGGCAUUGGGCGGGCGACGGCGGCAGGCCUGGCGCGGCUCCAGGCCCGGGUCAUCCUGGCGUGUCGCGACCCAGCCGCAGCCGAGGAUGCGGCCCGUGAGAUCCGGCCGCAGGAGCAGGGCGACGCCGGGGCCUCCGGGGAGGUGCUGGUCCGCCAGCUCGACCUUGCCUCCCUCAGCUCGGUGCGGAGCUUCUGCCAGCGGAUCAUCGAGGAAGAACAAAGGCUCGAUGUUCUCAUCAAUAAUGCUGGAAUUUUCCAGUGUCCCUACAUGAAAACUGAGGAUGGUUUUGAGAUGCAGUUUGGGGUGAAUCACCUGGGACACUUCCUUCUCACCAAUCUUCUCCUUGACCUCCUCAAACGGUCUGCGCCAAGCAGAGUGGUGGUGGUGUCUUCCAAGCUCUACCAGUAUGGUGAGAUCAAUUUUGAUGACCUAAACAGUGAAAAAAGUUACAACAAAAGUUUUGGGUACAGCAGGAGUAAGCUGGCCAACAUCCUGUUCACCCGUGAACUAGCCAAACGUCUGGACGGUACUGGUGUCACUGCAAAUGUGCUACACCCAGGCAUUGUACGCACAAACCUGGGAAGACACAUCAGAAUCCCUUUACUUGGACAACCAAUCUUCAAGUUUGUGUCCUGGGCUUUCUUUAAAACGCCAGAACAAGGAGCGGAGACCUCUCUCUACUUGGCUACAUCUCCUGAAGUUGAAGGGGUGUCAGGAGAAUAUUUUGGAGACUGCAAGCGGGAGGAGUUAUUGCCUAAAGCAAUGGAUGAUGCAGUUGCAACAAAGUUGUGGGAUGAGAGUGCGAAAAUGGUGGGGCUGAUCUCACCACUGUAAAUAUUCUGUGCUGUAAAUAUACAUUUUGUGUAGAUUGUUGACUUAACUGAAUUUAAAAAUAAAAGUGGCUUUAUAUGUGAAAAACAGUCAUUAUGCCAGUGAAUUCAGCCUGGAAUAAAUGUUUAAAGUAAAUCUUUGAAAUUUCAAGUUACAGGGAAUGAUAUCAAAAUUAUGUGUUGAGAACUGGCUUGUUUGAUGCAACUGGUUUACUCCAUAAGAUUCAAAAUUAAUGAAAUUGCAGAAUGCACUAUUUAAAUGGGUGUCAGUUUAAUGACUCCUGCUGCUUUACACCAGAUAACCAAAUGUUGUUGCAUUGGAAGUUAAAAACCUCAUUCCAACACAUGACAACUCUAAAGAAAAAGGGAUUGCCCUAUUAGGUAAUGGUAGUGCUCAGCUUUGUUUAGUUGACAUUUAUUGUUGCAGUUUGGCAGGUUUGACUGAUCGAGCCUUUCUCUCAGCAUAAUUUAAAAAGCUUAAAUUACUACAAACUUUGUAGCACUUACUAAAUAAAUACUGUUCCUGAAAGCUAAUGUUAAA